UUCAAUAAUUUUCUUUCUUCUUUAAUCUUAAACUCUCGACAUUUUCUGUUUCUUGGGCUUUUUUUUCCCGCUCUCUGUCAAAGAAAAUAUCGAGUGUUGCUCUGUUCUGCAAAUUUGUUUUAUUUUUUUCUCUGCUUUCAAAUUUUCAAGUGAGAAAUUUUAAUACUAAAAAAAUGAACAUUAGAGACCGAACUUCUCUUCAGGCAAUGAAACCUCCAUUAAACCAUAUGGAUAUUAACAAUAACAACAAAAAGAAGAAGAUGGAGACUACUACUAAAGGAAGCAGAUUAAUAAAUACUCAAAAAUCUUCAGUUAAUCGUCGACGGUUCAACAGAGAAAGAAAAUUGGCUUUACUGCAAGAUGUUGAUAAGUUGAAGAAGAAGCUUAGACAUGAAGAGAAUGUUCAUAGAGCUUUGGAGAGAGCUUUUACUAGGCCUUUGGGUGCUCUUCCUCGUUUGCCUCCUUAUCUUCCACCAUAUACAUUAGAGCUGCUAGCCGAAGUAGCUGUUUUAGAAGAGGAGGUUGUUCGCCUCGAAGAACAAAUUGUGAAUUUUAGACAAGGGCUUUAUCAGGAAGCUGUCUACAUCUCUUCAAAGAAGAACAUGGAGAAUUCUAAUGAUGCAAUUGAACAGCCUUCACCUACAAGGCCAAAACACUCAAGAUCGAAGUCACUCUCACAUAGUGAGUUCAAUUCCGCUGCAUUUUCAGCCAGGCAUCAACCUUGUCUUUCUAGAAGUACUUCAAGUAGAAAGCUACUAUCGCCUGAUCCAAUUCUUGAUCGAUCAGCACGUACUUCCGUUAGGUCUCCGCAUGGGAAACAAGUUUCUGGUAAACCCAAUUCCUCUUCAUUUCUCGUGGAUGAUGGACGGGGAAAGGAGAAUCAGUCAUAUAUUAAUUCUUUGAAAGAUAAACAGUCUCCAGACAAGAAAACUCCGAAAAUUACGACUCCAAUUAAGAGAAUAUCAAACAAGCAUGAAUCCCCGGAAAAGUGCUUAAAUCCAUUGAAGUUAGAAUCCAGAUUAGUUGACCGGGAAAGAGCACAAGAAAGUUCUUCCGGCGAUUCAGAUGAUAGAGUAUCAGAACCUCACAUCACACCGAAUAAAGUAUCCGAGGAUGUAUUGAAGUGCUUGUGCAGCAUUUUGUUAAGAAUGACAGCGUUAAAAGAUAAAGCAGUGGAAUCGGGGAAUUUAGACAUGCGUUCAGCCGUAGUUCCUAUCGAUAUUAAUCAAGAAAAUGAGAUUCGUGAUCCCUAUGGUGUCUCCGCACAGUCUACAAUUAGAGAUAUUGGGUACUAUAAGCAUCUUUGUGCAAUUGAAAGUAGCUCAAUUGAUCUCAAUCGCAUGAUAAGUGCCUUGUCUUUUAUCCAAAGAUUAAAAUUCUUAUUUGGGAAGCUUGCCUCGGUGAAUUUAGAGGGUCUUACUCAUCAGCAAAAACUUGCUUUCUGGAUAAACACUUAUAAUUCAUGCAUAAUGAAUGCAAUUUUGGAGCAUGGAAUACCUAAAACUCCUGAAAUGGUUGUGGCACUAAUGCAAAAGGCAACACUAAAUGUAGGAGGGCGACGAAUAAAUGCAAUUACAAUGGAACAUUUCAUCUUGAGACUUCCUUAUCACUUAAAAUUUACUUGUCCGAAAGCUGGAAAAAGUGAUGAAAUGAAAGCAAGGAAUGUUUUUGGAUUGGAGUGGUCUGAACCUUUAAUUACAUUCGCGCUCUCCUGCGGAAGCUGGUCAUCACCUGCAGUAAGAGUAUAUACAGCAUCUCAUGUCGAAGAAGAAUUAGAAGCAGCAAAGAGAGAGUAUUUACGGGCAACGAUUGGGAUUUCGAGGAACAAUAAGUUACUUAUUCCAAAAUUAUUAGAUUGGUAUAAAUUAGACUUUGCGAAAGACAUCGAAUCGUUGCUGGAUUGGGUAUGUCUGCAGCUGCCUGAUGAACUCAGAAAUGAAGCAGUUAAAUGCCUCCAGAGAAAGGGUAAUGAACCUCUUUCACAGUUGGUAGAAGUUAUGCCUUAUGAUUUCAGUUUCAGGUUGCUUCUACAUCGGUGAAAGAUUUUGUCAUUGUCUAGUUUUCUUUAUUUUUCCAUUUAAAUUCUGCAAUAUGGAAUAGACUAUAGAGGGUCUGAAGUACAUGUACAGUGCUAUAUCUGUAAACAAGAAAUACAUUUUUCUCAAA